GCUGAGAUACGGAGCUGACCUGGCCUCUGAUGGGCUUCAAGGCAAGACAACUCUAGAGAGGAAUGCCCUAAAACAGUGUGUUCCUUCUCCAACAGGCUACACGAGUGUAACUUUGCUUUUAGAAUAGACCCUGUGACCCAAUACAUGCAUUCUUUUUAAAUGUCAAGGGCCACUCUCUUCAGGCUCUUAUGGCUCCACAGUGCUUAUGCGGCACCAGCAUAUUUUAAAGUGGAUGCAAAUGUCCCUAUAAAUAUUAGCAAUUUGAGAACUGGGCUUCAUGGAAAAGCUGAUGCUAGAGAACAGUAAUUUUGAAGUCCUUGUGGCAUUAAAUGAAUAUGCUAUUCAUGAAAAGUAUCUUGCAGUUGGAAAUAUCCCGGAGCCUGUGUUAAACUCUUACUUUAGCACUCACUGUUCUGCAUUUAAUGACAUGAAAUUCUAUCCUUCCAUAAAACUAGUUCUAAAAAGCACACUUAAUGUGAAUGAACACUUAGAAUAUCCUGGAAACAUGUAAGUAAGUUGUGAGAUCACUAAUGGCACCCAGCACAGGGCACCAGCUAUCUAGGCCUGAAUAGGCAUUAAGCAUAAAAUCAUAUCACCUAGUUGUGUCAGGAGUGUCAGAUGAAUAAGCCAGGCAGCCUGUGCAUGCAACAAAGAGUGGAGGAAAAAUACCCCUUACUUAAGAGUUGAGCAGAUCUGCAGUCUCUCAAGCACAGUGCCUGUAACGUACUUCUGUACUCCAAGAUAGCCAGCAUCCCAAACUAAAGCUUGAAUGGGACAAAGUCAUCUAUCUUUCCCUCUAAUGUCUGGUGGAUGAGAAAGGGCUCCCUGGGUGAAGCAAAAUGUGGCAUUUCCUUUAGUGAGUUUGUUGCUUAAACUGGUCAUAGGCUGAUACUGCGGGGUUUUCAUUAAGGUUGUCUGGAAUUCCCAUCUUCUGGAAAUAUUUCAGGGUUUGGAGAAAAAGACUUGUCCCACUUCUGAAUAAAAUCUGAAAGAAACUGGACACCUUCUGCAGAAAAUCUGGGGGGAAAAAAUGAUAAAAAAGCCAACUGUUGGAACACCCCAUGUUAUAUUUUACAUCUGGCUUCUGGAGUCUUUUGGCCUGACCAAAAACCAAAUUCUCUGGUGAAACUGGAAUUGUCUAGCAGCGAAUCUUUCUAGCAGACAAUUCCACUCCUUUCCCUGUUACUCAUUGGAACUUCUUUUUCUUGCAUUGAAACGUAAAAAAGAGUUAUUGCACAACUGACCUAAGAAUGAAAAACUCUUGAGCCAUGAGUACACAGGCAUUGAGUAAAUGUCACCUGAAUCAAUAGAGAGUGUAACAGAUGCAGGCUUUAACAUUGUUCUUGCAAAUUAAUCAUUAAUUUAUUUUUUAAACUGAUCAUCAUAAAUCUUCCUAGAACAGACUGUUAUUCUGCCUGUUACGAUUUAUUCAGCCAGUGCAGAAUGAGAACACUACAAUUUAAGUUAGCAAUUUUGAGGCUGCCAAAUAUCCCCCAAGUAUUUCCUGCAGCUGGGACUGCAAACAUCUUCCUUGGAGCUGGCAGCCUGCUUGCGCCAUAUCCUGUUCCAGUCACACACAAGCACCCGGAGCCGGUUGGGGUGGGUCGCUUCCCUUAGUCCCCUGGGCAGCAGCAAUACCAGAGGCCUGCUCCCAAGUUGCAAAGCUGCAUGUGGCACCAGCACUGCAGAGAGGCACAGCUACUGGCCUCAGGAGUGGGGACUGGAGAACACUUCCCCAGGGGUGGGUUCUCACCCCUCCCAGCCUCUCGCUCAGCUCAGCUCACUGCGGUGCAGUGGUCGCCGAUGCCUUUGGAUAAACUGGGACUUUUCCCCUUUCUCUUGGAAAUUCCCACAUUGCAAAGCCAAAGGAUACAACAGGCAGAGUGGCAGCUGCGGGAGGCAGGUUACCAAAACCAGGCUUUUUCAGUGUUAGCUUCUUUUUGGUGUAAUUUCCUGAGUGAGUUAUUGAAACAACAAUGGCAUAAUGGGCACAGUGCAGCAACAGGGCAGACAGGACCACUUAGGAGCAAACCAGCCAACAAUGUGUUUGUGUAGAAGAAAGGAAAAAGAGCUUGUGGUAAGGGGAAUUCACUGACUGCCUGAGUAAAAGCACACAGCCUCCUGCAGCCACUUGGAAACAGGUGAAGAUGCCAAAAGGUGGGGGGAGGGGGAAAGUAACCCAAACCAAGUAAACCCCAAACCAUCACUCCAAAUUGCAGCAAUUACUUGACCAUUUUCACUUCCUAAAUUGGGAGAGAAAAAUUCCCCUGGGUCAUCUGACCUCUGUUGAAACUACACCAGGAAGAGGAGCAGCAGCAGCUCGUGAGCGCAGGGCGUUCUCCAGCUGUACAAAAGCCUCUUGUCUGGGAACCGGGAAUCAGAGCAGCGCAGGGAUGUGCGUGUGCGAGUGUGCAUAGCAAGGUGAGGUGCGGAUAUCCUCCCAGCCAGAUCAUCUCUUGCACAACUCUCUGAUCCUGUGCAGCCCAGCUUUUGUUCUUCCCUUUGCUGCUCCUCCUUAAGCAUACCUCCAGAGCAGAGCUUCUGAAGUGCCAUUUCCUCCUGCACAUCUCCCUGAAAACUAGCUCUCCCCAAGAAGAGGAGGUCACCAGCAGCAUGGUGGGGGUGACCACGAUGAGGACGUGGAUUGAGCCUGUGGUCGCAGGUUCCCAAGUGGCCAGUGCCUUCUACGACACGGCGCUGCUGCUGGUGGUGAAGAACUACUACAACCAGACCAAUGCCACCGCUCCUUCCCACGCGCUGGAAGAUGCUCAGCAAAAGGCUGUCUCUAACUUUUAUAUCAUCUACAACCUUGUCCUGGGCCUGAGCCCACUGCUGUCAGCGUAUGGCUUGUCCAAGCUGGGGGACAGAAUACAUCGGAAGAUCCCCAUCUGCCUCCCUCUUCUUGGCUACUUGGGUUCCAAAACUCUCCUGCUCCUCCUGAUCCUGCUGGGCUGGCCGAUCGAGGUGAUGUACGGGGCUGCUGCCUUCAAUGGGCUGACGGGCGGUUUCACCACACUCUGGGCAGGUGUCAUGGCUCUGGGAUCCCUGGGCUCCUCCGAGACCAAAAGGUCCCUUCGGCUCAUCAUUAUUGAGCUGGUGUAUGGCCUCUCUGGCUUUCUGGGAAGCAUGGCAUCUGGCUACCUCUUUGUUGGCUUCAGUGACCGCUAUCAAGAGGGCACUGUGCUGGUGAGCUGCAGCAUCGCUUGUUAUGCUUUCUGCCUCCUCUACAGCACUUUUGUCCUGACAGUCCCCCAGCCAGCGGAUUCCUGCCCAGCCAAACCCAAGAGUGCAGAGGAGGUGGGCAGCCAGCUACCAGCCCACGCAAAGAGCAGCAACUCCACUCCAGUAUCCCCCUCGAAACUCAUCCUCACCAUGCUGUUUACGGCAGCAAUCCUCUAUGACCUUGCUGUGGUUGGUGCAAUGAAUGUACUCCCACUCUUCUUGCUCAGGGAGCCUUUAAGUUGGAAUGCCGUGCAAAUUGGACAUGGCAAUGCUGCUGGGUAUGUGAUCUUCAUCACCAGCUUCCUAGGUGUAUUUGUGUUCUCCAAAUACCUGAAGGAUAUAACCAUGAUCAUGAUCGGAGUGGUAUCCUUCAGUGCUGGCAUCCUCAUCAUGGCCUUCGUUAGGUGGACAUUCCUUUUCUACAUUGCACGGGCAGUGAUGCUCUUCGCCCUCAUCCCUUUACCAACCAUCAGAUCCAUGUUAUCCAAGCAUGUUGAAGGAUCAUCUUAUGGUAAAGUGUUUGUCCUGCUGCAGUUAUCUUUAGUCACCACAGGAGUAGUGACAUCUACAGUCUACAACAAGAUCUAUCAAAACACACUGAACUGGUACAGCGGCUUCUGUUUCAUCUUGUCUUUUCUAGUUGGCUGCCUGACUCUUUUCCCUUUGAGCAUCGUGGCCAUCAAACAACGUUCAACCACUGGCUCCCUUCAGAUCCUGACUGACUGACAGAGGCUGUACCAGCUAAAGCCUCUUUUGGUGUUAAUCAACUCUUCAACUUACCAAAAUGGAAGACUUGACAAACAUUAAUCACCACAGUUAUCAUGACGGGAAGCAUCUCAGUUUGUGUUUCCAUUUCACAGCAUGCCACAGGCUUUCAGCCACUGAGCUCACCCAGGACAAAUAAGUUUGUCUUGUUAUUUCUGCAGUACAUCAUCUUACAGAGUACGUGCACUUGCUAUUGAACACCAGCAGUCUUCACAGCAUUUCACUUUUCUGCUAGGCUGGUUAGCAGUUAUGCAGAGGGACAACAAGGUAGAAAUGAAAAUGGCAUUUCGAGACACAUCAUUCAGUGUGGAAGGGGAAAGCAGAGGAUCAAUUUUUCAUUAGUUUCUUCCCAUCUCUUCGCUAGGAAACCUCAGGGGUCUGUGCCUUCAGCUGAUGAAGCAGGGGCCCACAAGCCAUAUGUGCACAGUUGUCAGCAGGGGACACUUGAUCUCCAACUGCUACAGAAGAUGUGUCAGCCUGGACAAUCAAUGU